GAUUCCUGCUGGUGAACUCCACCUCUGUCCCUUGGAAGCCUUUAUGGAAGCGACACUUUCUUUUUAGGAUCUCUGUUUAUGCUCCAUUUUGCCGACUCGUGAGGUACUAUUUUACUUCUCUGCUCUAUUCCAAUAUUGUUUUCUCUACCUUCCUUAUCUUCCACUGGAACACAGCAGACCCUGGUGAUACUGAAGGUGUCUAAGCCAGCUGUUUCCUGAAGGAAUUCAGAGUGUUGCUCGUGUGGGAAUGUUUUUUGUGAACUGUGGGUGGGGGUGGAUGAGGAGAUCAGCCUGUCCUGCCUAAGAAUUGCAGCAUCGUUUGAAGACGAUCACUCAGAACAAGCCUGUUGAUGCUUAUUACCUUGAUUACCAUCAAUCCAACCAUGUGCUGAUCCAUAAAUACUACAAGAUUCUCACAGCACAAAGUCAACCUCAGACAGGUUCCAGCAGUAGUUUACAUCCCUGUAAACACCUAUCCGAUGGCCCACCCAUACGAGCCCUGGUUUCGGUCAGGGCCACAUGGAGGCAGCAGUGAGGAUCUAACAAUGCCAUCUUGGUGGGACAUGCAUUCGGGGACAGGAAGUUGGAUGGAAUUGCAAGGUGGCUCAGGGGGACUGCAGGGUGUAGGCCAGGGUGGUGCGAUGGGUCUGCAGCCUCUGGGAGCUUACACCUCUGACACUCAGUUAUGCAGCCUGCCCCCAACUCAGCUGACUCCAGCUCAACACCCCUCACUGCCUUUCCCUCAGGACAGCUUUAAGAUGGAAUCAGUAGGGCCAGAACUAUUGCAGCAGCAGCAGUCCUUGGAGCAACCAUUGGACAAUAGUGCCGGGACUCGACCUAAAUCACAGCGUCGGUCAGCUUCUCGGGGGUCAGGACAAGCUAUGUGCCGCUGCCCCAACUGCAUCGAUGCCGAGCGAUUAGGACCCUGUGCAGACGGAGUCAAGAAAAAACAUCUGCACAACUGCCAUAUUCCGGGAUGUGGCAAGUCCUACGCAAAGACCUCCCACCUGAAGGCCCAUCUUCGAUGGCACAGUGGAGACAGGCCCUUUGUCUGUAACUGGCUAUUCUGCGGAAAGCGCUUCACCCGAUCUGAUGAGCUGCAGCGCCACCUGCUGACGCAUACUGGCGCCAAGAAGUUUACCUGCACUUUGUGCAGCCGUAUCUUCAUGCGUGGUGAUCACCUCACCAAGCAUAUGCGCACACAUGAUUCACCACGCACCGAGGAGGACGACAGGGAGGGCGGAGGUCCCCAGCUGGGAAAAUGCUGUGAUGCGUUAUCACCCCUCCACCCUCCUAAUGCUUCUCCCGGCACACUGGAAGCCCCAACUGAUCCCAAAAGCGAACCAGCUAUGAUCAGCUCUACACAGAGUGGACAGGCUAACUGAGGGCACCUUCUUUAUAUUAAGUGUUAGACUUUUAAAACAGUGCAUAUUACUGCUAGAAGUGAGAACGAUGGAUGGGUUCUAAGAAACAAUUCAGAAAGUGUUUAUUAAAAACAAAUUACUGCAGUCGUUAUCUCAACUACUACAGUGGGUCCAAAAGAAGUGCAAACCCCGCAUUUCAUCAUAAGAUGAAUGAAUGGCAGCUAGACUGAUACAUUCAGAGUGCCUUCAUGCUAAUUUAAGAUAAAACUACUUGCAGUACACGAAGAUAUCCGAAUAUCUGAUAUCUGAAAGUUUAAGUGCCGUUUACAGGUGUCAGGCAAAUAGCAUCUCAUAUUCUUUUUUCUUUCUAAAGAUAUCUUUGAGUUCUGCCUUAAUCGAUAGUAUGAACAAAUCUAAACAAACAUAUUCCUGGCGAUUCAUAUGCCAUCAAGCUAAUACAUGUUCGGAUAACAUUUAAAUGUUAUUCAUUUAAUGUUCAGAGCUCCAUGGCAAAAUCAGCUGUCACUUGUUGAUUUCAAUAAAUUUAUUGAACAUUUCCAGUAUUUAGAUAUUUUAUAUUUUUUAGUUAUUUGUAUUUUAAGGAAAACAAGAAAGUAUGAAGCAUUUUAAUUAAAAAAGUAGAAAUAUUUCUGCCAGCAGGUGUUUUUAACCAUUUUUAUCUUUUUACUAGGGCAAUUCACAUAUCUUGCUUAAUAACACUACAACACAGCUACAGCACUACAUCAGUACACUACCUGCAGUUACCAAUACAUAAUUUUCAAAAUGCACAAAAAGUAAUAUAUGCUUCAAUAAUGUUUACAUUUCAUUGGUAAAUGUUAACUUAGAAUUGGUUUGAAAAAAUGCAGAAUAACCAUCACUGGCAAUUGUUUCUGGCAGUUUUCAAACUGACAAGUAGUGUAUUUAGAAAUAGGCACAAUGUUUACAUGUAAAAUACAUUAUUGUAUUCAUAUUUCUUGUUUCAAUUAAUUAUUUUCCAGAAUAAAUUAGAAGUUAGACAUUUAGAGGUAUAAAUUAGUGUUCAGUUCAUAGAUUUUAGACUACUAUACCGUAACGACUAUACUGUUGUUUUGAUUUGCUUAUCCACCUGUUCUUUAAAUAGAACAUCACCUUGCAGAAACACUAUUUGGAUCAUAAACACCAUACAAUGCUUAAAUUAAAUAAUGAAAUGAAACAUUUGAGCAUGGUGACCCAUAGUGUAGGUCUGUUGCUUCGUCCCUCUGGGCUUGAGGUUCUGAUUCCUGCCCCAUAUUGUGUCUUUGUGGAGUUUGCCUUCUCCUCCAGUUUGCAGGGCCACCUUUCCUUCCACAGUCCAAACACAUACAGUUAGGUGCCUUGGUACAUAACUUGUCUUUAGUGCAGUGUUUCUCAAACCGGUCCAUGUUUUUGCUCCUUCCUUAAUGCGUGUAUGUCUGCCCUGUGAUAGACUGGUAUCAUGUCUAGGGCAGCUCCUACCUUGUGCCCUGAGUUUCAUGUACAGUAAUAGACUCCAGGCCUCUAGUGACCCUGUACUGGAUAAGCCAUUAUGGAUGAUGAAUGGAUGGUUUCUUCAUCUUGAAAACAUCUUUUUCACUGUCCAUUAAUUUCCAUUGAGAAAAGAUGUAUUCUUAAACACUUUCAGUGUUUUGACAGCUAAGUAUUUAUGUUUAGUGACUUAAAGAUAUAUUUAAGAUUAAAGAUUUUUUCAUGCUGUAACCUCAGCAACAUAUGCCAUCCUUCAACAUCAAUCAUGCGUCUGUAACAUUAUGCAUUAAUUUUUGGGAGGAAAAAAAAACAAAGCUUGAACUAAGAAUAAAGUUA